UGGAAUUUCCACUUUCUCUUUCGUCGUUCCCCUCUGUUCCCGAAACAGUCUCUGCACACUACACUGAACUCCAUUCACAAAGGAAAAAAAAAAAAGCAGAAGCAUAAAGAAGAAGAAGAAGAAGAAGAAGAAGAAGAAGAAGAGAAGAAAGAAAUGGCGCAUUCUCGGCAACAGAACAAGGCUGGCUUCACGCUCUCCAGCAAGAUCAACAACAAUGGGAGCUUCUCUUCCGGUACUGGUAGUAAGAGCAUAUACGACGACGUUUACGGAGGUCCACUGAAGUUCGGCGUUUCGAGCCUCUCCCCUCGUUUCGAAGACUACGGCGAGAUUUUCGGAAGCUUCCACACCGUACGCGCCUCUUCCAUUCCUGUCCUCGAUCUUCCCGCCGUCCACCACUCCGAGGCCUUCUUCGAUCCCCGAAACCACGCUUUCAACUACACCGAAGUUUUCGGUGCUUUAGAUUUUGCGGUUCCAUACGAGAAUUUGUUUCACCCCCACACUGCUCUUGACGGUGCCUCCGAAGAAGAAGCCUGGAGUCUUGCAGAAACGGACUCAUUCUCUGGAGAAUCAGAUCAAUCUGCAAAUAACCAAAGCAUGUCGAAAGGAGAUCUUUUCCAUUCUGUUGACGGUAAUGCAGGGUUCGAUGUUUUGUAUCAUAAUAAGGUCAAUGGUACAAGCAAUGAACGUAAGUCAAAGGGGAAAACUCACAUGACUCAGCUACAUGCUGUUCCUGGUUUCGGUCGAGUAUAUGAUGAAACCACACAAUUGCAUCAGACUGAUCCAUCCUUUCAGAUUGCUGAUGAUAUUGAUCUUGAUAUGGAAUUUAAAGCAGACAAAGUGGAGGGAAACCACCCAAGGAAAACAAUGGCACAUUUGCGCAAUUUUGCCUUUGGGGAUCAGACUUUUGAUAGUGAUCUAAAUAUUCAAAAUGGAGGCAGCAGAAAGGAUUCUGAUUCCAGGGAGAUGUUCAUAACUGUGUCAGACAUCAACCUCAGAAGUUUGCCCUCUCAAGUGCCUCCCCAGUCUCGUCCACCGCCUGCACUGGAUGUAAAAAAGGGGAGUAUGCCUGGAUUUCAUUCAAACAGCAGGCUGGUUGCUUCUGAAGAGACACCAGGUGCUGGUUCACCACCUUUCUUUGAUGUGGAGGAUCAUAUGAAUUCAUCUGCUACAGCUUCUGUUGAUGCUAUAAAAGAAGCAAUGCUUAGAGCGGAAGCAAAACUUAGGAGUGCCAAAGAAUUAAAAGAGCGAAAGAAACGAGAUUGUGAAAGCCAUUUAAAAUCAAGUUAUGAUGCGAAAAUUAAUGAAGCAAAGAUGUGUAAGGAUAUCAAAAGAUUAAGUAGUUUGAACGAUCAGACAACGCAGGGAAGUCAUGAUCAGAGACAUUCAAAAACAAAGUUAUCUGUCACAGAUGACAGGCAGAAACUUAAGAAAGCUUCCCCAGAAACUCUGGACAAUUUAGAAGGGAAAAGAGUUUUAAACACGUUCGAGGAAAAGGACAAGAUGGAAUCCAGGUCAUCUCAAGAAUCUGAUAGAAGUUCAGGAGUUGGGACAUGGAAAGACGAAUGUGAAUUUUUUGAAUUGGCAGGAAUGGAAGAAUCGAGAAGGGUAACUCAACCAACAAAGCAGAGUAAGGAUUUGGUGCAAGGUACUGAAACCCAAAAACAUGACCAGAUGGAAAGAGAAGCAUCUAAUGUGCAAGAAAAGCAUAAACAAGUAAAAGCAACUGCAGAAAAUUAUCAGGGGGAGGAGUACGAGAAAAAAUAUAAAGCAGCAAAAGAGGCUUGUGAACAUCAUGAAAACAUUAUGAAAUCUGAAGCAUCUAAUGGUAAACAUAGGCAACGAGAGCAAAUGAAAAAAGAAAAAAUGGCCAAAGUAUUUGAGGUGGAAGACAAUGAGAAGGCUAUAAAAAUAGCCCACCAGCAUGGAAAAACUGAGAAGAAAGUAACUGAAGCUGACCAAUCUAGAAUCAUAGAAGAUGUGUGUGAGAUGGAACACAGAGAGCAUAAACAAGUGGAAAUCCAGAAACCCAAAGAAGUAAAUAGACAAACACCAAAUGAAGUUCAGCUGACCAUGGGGCUUAGGGAAAAUGAGAAGAAACUCAAAGAGGUUGAAAAGCAACAGCAGAGUAUGAAAAGGCACAAGCAAUAUGAGAAAAUCAAAGAAAAUGGAAAAACAGAAAGAGAAGCUUUUGCCCUAGGACAGACUGAGCAUGAGGAAAAACUGAAAGGUUCUGUGGAGCCAGAAGAUAUGGAUGAAAGAUCAAAUGUGGCUUUUGAACCGUAUUACACAGAGGAAAAAGAGGUCUCCAAAAGAGAAAAUGAAAUGAAACUAAAACUAGGUGAACAGAUUCAGAUCAAAAAGAGACUGAAAGAAGCUCAUGAAAGAGUAGAAAUUGAGAAAAGCCUCAAAAGCUCUUCUGAAAAUGAAGAAAGUGAUGACGGCCUAACACGUGCUUUCAGGUUGGAUGGGAAUGGAAAGCAACUUAAAGAAGACUUUGAACUGGAAGUAAAUGAGAUAAGACUGAAAGAGGCUUCCAAGCAGAGGGAAAAUGAGGCAUAUGAAAAAGAUCAAAAUAGAAAGAAAUUUAAAGAUGUUUAUGGAGAAGGAAAUAGACUUCAAGAAGCAGGUGACAACAAAGGGAUUCAGAAAGUUAUGAAUCAAACUCCAAUGCAACAGAUUAAUGGGAUGUUGAAUGAGGCUCAAAGGAAAAAAGUCACUGAGAGCACAUCAAGCCAAACAUUUGCAAUGGAAGGAAGUGUAGCUGUAUCAAAUGAGAAUAGUCACCUGGAGCAAUCUGAGAAUAUGGAGCAAGAUGUAGGUGAAAUGGAAAAAGAUAAGGGACUGAACAAAGCUUUUGACAUGGAGAGGAAUGGAGAAGGGGGAAACAUAAAGAAUGCUAAAGCAACUAAUGAGACAAGGGAAAUAGAGAGUGACGAAGAUCUUGCAGCUCAAUCAGCCUUCAUUCAUGAAGAAUUUAUUGGAAAACAGAAGGUAUCUAAAGAAUCUGUUGCUGACCAAGAUAUUGGACUGAUGAGAACAGAAUGCAAAGUUGGAGAAAAGAAAUUGAAAGAGAUAGGGGUGGAAAAUCAACAGGCUAAUGAAAAAAUCAGAGCACCUGAAAUGACUGCAGGAGAUGCAGAGCAUUCAGGAACCCAGACAGAAAAGGAGGGAGACACAGUGACUAAGGCUGAUUACAGAGGCACAGAAGCAGCUGGACCUGCUGCAGUACAAGAGACUGUAAAUGUCCAGAAAACUGCCCAGUGGUUCCAUGUUGGUCAAUCCACAGAAAGCAAAGGAAAGAGUACUAAUGAAACUUCUUCUAUAGUGAAAGAUGCAGAAAGGAUGGGAAGAGAAAGAGAGUCGGAAAAGGAUCAUCUUACACAGACAGAAGAGGAGGGGGAUAGAGAAAGAGAACGAGAAAAAGACAUUGAGAAAGCAAUGCUGGAGGCUGAGAGGGAAAGGGAAAGAGAAAAGGAUAGGAUGGCUGUUGAUAGAGCCACUUUAGAGGCUCGUGAUAGGGCAUAUGCUGAAUCUUGUGAAAGGGCUGCAUUUGAAAGAGCAACUGUGGAAGCACGGUACAAGGCACUGGCUGAGGCCAGGGAAAGACUUGAGAAGGCAUGUGCUGAGGCCAGGGAUAAGUCAAACAUUGAUAAAGAAACUAUAGAGGCAAGAUUGAAAGCAGAACGCGCUGCUGUAGAAAGAGCAACUGCAGAGGCUCAAGACCGAGCUAUGGAAAAAUUAAAGAAUGAAAGGACUGCAUUUGAGUCCAGAGAACGGUUAGCGAGAUCUGAAUCUGACAAUUUUUGCGGAAGACCAGACUCUUCAUCCUCCGAUAUGCUGGAUCCUGAGUUUCAGAACUUAAGCUCUACCACAGGUUCCAGACAUCCAUAUUCACUUUAUGGUGCUGCCUCUUUUUCUGAGAGAUCAGAUAAAGAAGGUGAAUCAGCUCAGAGGUGUAGAGCUAGACUGGAGAGGUAUCGCCGAACAGCUGAGCGUGCAGCUAAAGCUUUGGCAGAAAAGAACAUGCGUGACCUUCUAGCUCAGAAGGAGCAAGCUGAAAGAAAUAGACUGUCAGAGACUCUGGAUGCUGAAGUAAGGAGGUGGUCAGGUGGAAAAGAAGGAAACUUGCGUGCCUUACUUUCUACCUUGCAAUAUAUCCUUGGGCCUGAUUCUGGAUGGCAAGCAAUCCCUUUGACCGAGGUCAUUACUUCUGCUGCUGUGAAAAAAGCUUACAGGAAGGCCACCCUGUGUGUUCAUCCUGACAAAUUACAGCAACGUGGAGCAAGUAUUCAACACAAAUACAUAUGUGAAAAGGUUUUCGAUCUUUUGAAGGAAGCUUGGAACAAAUUCAACUCAGAGGAGCGGUAACAGCCUGGCAGCCCAGGUCUGUUUUUUUCUCCCUCCCUGUCUCUUGCAAGUGUGUAUAGAAGCUUCUUCACCUUGGCCGGGUAAUUCCUUCCCCAAGUGACACACAGUCCAAACUUCCAAAACCGUAAUAAUUAUUUUGUCAUAGUCUAUGUUCUGUUGUAAUAGUCUCAUAAGUGUUUGUAUUUAUGAAGAAAUUUUUUGCCCAUGGUAUAGCAAGAAAUUAAGAAAUACAAAAGUAAAUAGAUAUAAAGCAUGGGGCUAAGACUGGCUUUCUGUUAGCAAAAUUGGGGAUUAUUGUUACAAUAACUUUUUAAUCAAUUUUAAGAAUAAAAGGACCAAGAAACUGAACAAAUUAGGUGGGUGCUGUCAAAGUCAAUGUUUAGCAAGAAAAAAUGUUAGAUCAUACAUUAACUACUUGAACAUUGUUUUGGUGGUGCAACAUUUGCUGCUGUUCAUGUUAUAUAUCUUAUAUCAACAUCGUUAAUUGUUAAAA